GCCGUGCGUGCCGUGCGUGACCGGUGAAGCGGGGCCGCAGCGGCGGGGCCGGGGCCGGGGCCGCGGCGAUGCUGGAGGAGGCGGGUGAGGUGCUGGAGUCGGUGCUGAAGGCCUCGUGCCUGCCGCUGAGCUUCCUGCUCUUCGUGCCCGCAGUGCUGCUGCUGCUGCUGGGCCCGCCGCCCGCCGCCGAGGCCGCGCACGAGUUCACCGUGUACCGCAUGCAGCAGUACGAGCUGGGCGGGCAGGCCUACGGCACCAGGAGCGCGGUGCUCAACGCGGAGGCGCGCACGGUGGAGGCAGACGUGCUGAGCCGCCGCUGCGUCAUCAUGCGCCUGCUGGACUUCUCCUACGAGCAGUACCAGAAAGCUCUGCGCCAGUCCGCGGGUGCUGUGGUCAUCAUCCUGCCUCGAGCCAUCUCCUCUGUCCCACAGGAUGUCGUCAGGCAAUUCAUGGAGAUUGAGCCGGAGAUGCUCGCGAUGGAAACCAUCGUGCCAGUCUAUUUUGCAGUGGAAGAUGAAGAGCUGCUGUCUAUCUAUGAGCAAACCCGGGCUGCUUCUGCCUCGCAGGGCUCUGCCUCGGCUGCAGAAGUCCUGCUGCACACAGCAACUGCCAAUGGCUUCCAGAUGGUGACCAGCGGGGCUCAGAGCAAAGCCAUCAAUGACUUUCUCAUCCCCAGUGUGGAGGGAAGGCUGACGGGGCUGGGUGGAGAAGACCUGCCCACUGUUGUGAUAGUUGCCCACUAUGAUUCUUUCGGAGUGGCUCCAUGGCUGUCACAUGGGGCUGACUCCAAUGGCAGCGGGAUCUCGGUGCUGCUGGAACUCGCCCGGCUCUUCUCCCGGCUCUACACCUACAGGCGUACACACGCGGGGUACAACUUGUUGUUCUUUGCAUCUGGAGGUGGGAAGUUUAAUUAUCAAGGAACCAAGCGGUGGCUGGAAGACAAUUUGGAUCACACUGAUUCCAGCCUGCUGCAGGACAACGUUGCGUUUGUUCUCUGCCUGGAUACUCUGGGCCGAAGCAACAGCCUCCACCUCCAUGUCUCCAAGCCUCCCAAGGAGGGCACUUUGCAGCAUGCGUUUCUGAGGGAGUUGGAGAUGGUUAUUGCCAGCCAGUUUCCAGAGGUGAAGUUCUCCAUGGUGCACAAGAAGAUAAACCUGGCUGAGGACAUGCUGGCGUGGGAGCACGAGCGCUUUGCCAUCCGCCGCUUGCCCGCCUUCACCAUCUCCCACCUGGAGAGCCACCGGGACAGCCAGCGCAACAGCAUCAUGGACAGGAGGUCACGAGUAGACAUUAAGGCACUAACCAGGAAUACCAGGAUCAUCGCUGAGGCUUUGACAAGGGUCAUCUACAACCUAACAGAGAAGGGUGUUCCUGCAGAUCUGCAGAUCUUCACAGACCAGAUGCAGAUCCAGCAGGAGCUGCUGGAAUCAGUGAUGGACUGGCUGAGCAGUCAGCCCAGGGCUGCGCAGCUCAUUGAUAAAGACUGCACCUUCCUCAACACCUUAGAAUAUUACAUGGGUCGCUACCUGAAGGAUGUCAAACAGCAUCAUGUGAAGGCAGACAAAAGGGACCCUGAGUUUGUGUUCUAUGACCAGCUGAACCAGGUGAUGAAUGCAUACAGGGUCAAGCCAGCAAUCUUUGACCUGCUCCUGGCUGUCUGUAUUGCCGCCUACCUCGGUGUUGCCUAUCUGGCAGUGCAGCACUUCGGUCUCCUUUACAGGAUGAUACACAGAUUAUCCCUUAAAACCAGGCAGCAGUGAAGCCCUGAGUCACCACCCAAACAGCAGCACUGAGCCAUCGGCCUGGCUUUAGGAAGGUGUGUUGAGCAAUUAGACUGUGCAAUAACUCCCUGCCUUCAAGGAGCUGCACUGGAACUGAUCUCCGCUGUUACUGGCAGGGUGAGGCAAGAUUGGUCAAGGAGGUUCCUUGCAGUAGGGUUUGUGUCAGGGCAGAUUCCCUCCUGUCUCCAGUGGAAGAUGCAUUGUGCUGGGUCCUUGGUUUCUCUGGUCCUUGAGCAGUUCACGGCUGCCAUCGCUCUGUGCUAACCUCUGACUUGGUUUUGAAGAGGUGUUCUACAGGUCCAGCUGCUGCAGGACCCUGUUCUGUGCUGUUCCAUGUAUUUAAAUGAACUGGUUGUAUUAAUAACAAGAGCAACCCAGCUCCUGCUGAGCUCUGGUCUGUAAUCCCUUCACUUUCCAUUCCUCAGCUUUCACUUCCAGAUGGGGUCUGGAUUUGGGGUGGGGGUUUUCCCAUAUUCAUCUACAUCUCAGGGUCUCAUGUCAUGUUUUUCAGCUCUUAUUAGUUUUGGAAACACUGUUCCUGGCCUGCACGUUCCCAAAGUGCUUGUUGCUGUCCUUUCAUGUGCUGCCCCCAGUGUGUAUGGAGGGAGGCAGGUCCCUUUAGCCAUUAAAAAGCAAAACAAACCUCAAAAA